CACGGGUCGGUGGCGGUCAGUCUGAACUCAACGAGCAGCCAGGGUCUGCGCGCACAAAGGUUUGGCUGCACACUCAGCUGGACCCGAGCGGGCUUUCUGGAACAGUUUUGAUUUUGGAGGCGACUUGAUGAUGCCAGGCAUGGGUUGGUCGCCCCUGCUGGCCACGUAUAAAUCAUCGUGUGGGCUUAUCAUCCCUGGCUUGGGGCCACCUCGGUUUAACUCGUCCCUUUUCCACUGCCUUCGCCGGUCACCGCCUGCCUGUUCCUCGCCCACCGUAACCAAUUUGCACAAGCAUAUCCACUCAGGAAGCUGCACGUCCCGCUUGCCCACGCCUCAACCCUGCCAGCGAACUUGGGCUCCUUCGUCCCAUCGUCCUUACCACUCUCGUGCCUCGCCCUCGAGCAGUCCGAAGUCUCUACACACAGCCCGGCUUUGCAAUCAGACAAGCUCCGUCGCCUUUUCUCCCAAUUCCGCGAGCCUGAGCCCUUCCGGCAUCCGCGAAUUCUCUCUCAGAGCAAAAAUGGCGGGGCCAUCAGACUCUCCGCGUCGCAAGCACAAGGUGACCGUCGUCGGCUCCGGCAAUUGGGGUACGACUGUCGCGAAACUCGUCGCCGAGAACACGCGGGAACACCCAGAUGUCUUCGAGGAGGAAGUGCAGAUGUGGGUGUAUGAAGAGAACGUCGUCGUGCCUUCGGAUUCGCCCCACUACGACCCAGCCGUUGGCGACGCACCGCAGAAGCUCACCUCGGUGAUCAACAAGUACCACGAGAACGUCAAGUACCUGCCCAAGAUCAAGCUACCGUCGAACGUGAUCGCCAAUCCCUCGCUCGUCGACGCCGUCAAGGACUCGUCUAUUCUGAUAUUCAACCUCCCGCACGAGUUCAUCGGCAACGUCUGCAAGCAGAUCAAGGGUCACAUUCUCCCCUUCGCCCGGGGGAUAAGCUGCAUCAAGGGCGUGACGGUGACGGACGACAAGGUCGAGCUGAUAUGCGACUACAUCGGCGAGAUCUUGGGCAUCUACUGCGGCGCCCUGAGCGGCGCCAACAUUGCCAACGAGAUCGCGAACGAGCUGUGGUGCGAGACGACCAUCGCAUACAACACGCCGCCAUGCGACCAACGGCUCACCAACGGGGUUAACGGCGCCCAUGGGGCAGGCGUCCCGGUUCGCUUCCCCAAGACGAAACUGACCCCGCUGCCGGAAGACUAUCCGCCGCUCGACCACGGCGAGAUCCAUAAGCUCUUCGACCGGCCCUAUUUCACCGUGUCCAUGGUGUCGGACGUGGUCGGUGUCUCCCUCGCCGGCGCUCUCAAGAACAUCGUCGCCCUCGCCUGCGGCUUCAUCGAGGGCCACGGUUGGAACGCGACGGCCAAGACAGCCGUCAUGCGCCGGGGCAUGCUCGAGACGAUCCGUUUCGCGCAGGAGUUUUUCCCGGAAUCUAUCCAGGAGAUGACCUUCUGGGAGAGCGCCGGGUGGAGCGACAUGAUCGUGAGCUGCACGUCGGCGCGCAACUGGCGCUACUCCAAGAUGGCGGUGGAGCGCGGCGUGUCGCUCCAGGAGAUUGAGCGGACCGAGCUGAACGGCCAGAAGCUCCAGGGCAUCUCCACGACGAAGGAGGUCAUGAGUUUCCUGAGGGCACGUGGUCGGGAGGAUCACUACCCGCUGUUCAAAGCUGUCGAGGGAAUCGUGGACGGGACAUUCGAGGUGAAGGAUAUUCCCAUGCUGUUCAGGAAGUAAAAUGCAUAAUGUCGGUAUAAUGGAGUACAUGAAGCAGCAGCGUGGAGUUCAAGUAUCUUAGACCAGCGAGCCAUCGUCCCACGCGGGACCUGACGGUUGAACAGUAGCCUUGAAAUCGAAAGCGAUUUGAACUGAAACGGUCUUGGAUAACU